GUAGUUAAUACAUGUUUCGGACUAUCAAGCUUAUCAGGCCAUGCUCCACGGGGAGUAUAACGGUGAGCUGUUGGAGAACGCUUCCUUCUUCUUUCUCCUUUUCAUCCCUCAACUAUCUCUCUGUCUUUCUCUCCCCCACCCCUCUCUAUCCAUCUCUCCAUCUCUGCUACCCUCCUCUCCCUCAACGAGAGAUAUACAGCACUCUCUUUUUCUGUGGUACCUGGCACCUUCAGAACACGUCGUGAUUGGUCAUGGCUACCACCAACGAUGCAAUAUUGAGCCCUCGGCGUUCAAAGCCUGAAGGAAACACACCUUCAAAAACAGAGGAACGAAUACAGGAACUCGAAAACACAGGCAAGUCACGCUGGGAGCGCAGUUGGCCAAUCAUCGCCUGUGGUGCCGGUCUCUUCUCUGAUGGGUACCUGAACAACAUUAUCGGGUCUGUAAACACCGUUCUUAGAACGCUAUAUCCGGAGGCCUAUGCGAACUCGACAGCGGUCAAAAAUGUUCCGUCCAUCGCUUUCGCCGGGACAGUCGUCGGUCAGCUCAUUUUCGGGUAUCUGAGCGACCAUUAUUCUCGAAAAUGGUCGCUUAUGAUCUCCACCGUUCUUCUUAUCGUUUUUGCCGCCCUCUCAGCCGGAUCCUAUGGCGCCGGAGGAAGCCAGUCUGGACUCUUCGCAGCCCUCACGGCAUACCGCUUCUUCCUGGGCGUGGGCAUCGGCGGGGAGUACCCGGCAGGUAGCGUCGCCGCCGCGGAGAGUUCUGGAGAGCUCAAAAGGGGUCACCGCAAUCGUUGGUUUAUCAUGUUUACCAACUUUCAGAUCGAUUUUGGAUUCGUCGUGUCAGCUUUUGUGCCCAUGAUUCUUGUUCUUAUCUUCACCGAAAACCAUCUGCGGGCUGCAUGGCGCGUGAUGUUGGGUCUGGGUGUGAUUCCGCCUUUGAGCUUGUUCUAUCUGCGAUUGAAAUUGAAGGAGCCCGAAGAGUUCAACCGAGAAAGGAUGCACAAAUAUCCUAUUUGGCUGAUUGCCAAGUUCUACUGGUGGAGACUUUCCCUUGUCUCCUUGAUCUGGUUCAUUUACGACUUCUCGGCAUAUUCGUUCGGAAUCUACUCAUCGGUUUGGUUGAAGAUUGUCCUUGCUGACACUGCUCCGAUGUGGAAAGCUUUUGGCUGGAACACCGUCAUCAAUGUUUUCUACAUUCCGGGCUCAGCGUUGGGAGCAUGGGUAAGUGACUGGAUCGGUCCACGGUACUGCCUGGCUCUGGGUGUUGCUUCUCAGGGUGUCAUCGGGUUCAUCAUGGCUGGGUGCUAUAAGUGGCUUGCUACGUCUGAGAAUGUAGCCGCGUUUGUUGUCGUUUACGGACUCUUCCUGUCGUGUGGAGAACUUGGUCCUGGAGAUAACAUUGGCCUGGUGGCUUCCAAAAGCAGUGCAACCGCCAUUCGAGGUCAGUAUUAUGGAAUUGCGGCCGCCUUGGGUAAAGUUGGGGCGUUCGUGGGGACAUAUGUCUUUCCUAUCAUUCAAAAUAAUGCACCAAACGAAAUUCGCGCUGGGCAAGAUCCGUUCUUCGUUUCUAGUGCGCUCUGCUUGUUUAGCGCAGCGCUGUCGGCCUUUUUACUACCCCACAUUGGACAGGACACAAUCACGUAUGAAGACAUCCGGUUCAGGAGAUAUCUCGAAGAGAAUGGGUAUGAUACGAGCACUAUGGGCAACAAGAAGCAAGAAAGGACCGAGGAGAAAGCUUAG